GGGGGGAAUCCUCCCUAGGGAGCCCAGGAAGGAGCAUGGCGGCUGCAGCGACGGCUUGCGCGUGACCAUGGCCGACGACGGGAGUUGACACAGGAGCAGCUCGCGCGCGAUGACGGCGAUUGCGCUCCAAGAGGGCGGUGACUCUAUGGGUCGUUGCCACGGUGGUGGGAGGCCCAGCCUUCGACCACGCUUUCAACCUCGUGACAGGCGACCGCGGUUCAAGCACUCAAGCCACGCCUCCACGGAGGCAUUUGGGCGGUGACCUUCGGGAUGCUGCCGUCAUCCGAUGUUGUUUGAGCCUAGGCUCACGCAUCCUUCAGCACGCGCCGGACGAACGCGAUCAACGCUCAAGUCAAGUCUCCCCCCUGUCCUGUAUCUGCUGACCUCGUGGGUGGCGAGUACGAACCACCUGACCUCGCUUGAGAUCGCGCUUUGCACUAAUUUUCAGACUCUCCCACCAGACUCUGGUCCAGAGAGCCCCCUCCCUAGUGACGCUUUGCACAGGUGAGGCCCCCAGUCUUUAGUAGUCGUUAGCGAUCGUAUUAGCUAAGUGACAAUAAUGAUCCUCAAUUAAAAAA